AUGCUGAUUAUGUACGUGAUCAUACUUCUAGCUCUGCAUAAUGCAGUGCAUACUGAAUAUUCAUUAUAUUAUUCCGAUAUUCGUCAGAGUUCAUAUCUGACAUUUGAUUGUUUGUACACUCAACAUAUCGACAGUGAAUCGAAUGAAGGUUUUUCCUACCUUAUAAACAAGCAGUUGACUCCCUAUUGUCGACGACCUGAUAAUGAUGAAAAAGAAGAAGAAUUAUCUGAUAUAUUGGGUGAAAAUAUAGCAAACAAGAUUAGUUUUAAUGAAUUAAGGAAACAAGGUAUAACAAGUGAACAACUUCUUAAUUGGUCAGCACCCAUCGAUCUUGCUGAACGGUAUGAAAUGAAUAAUCAAAGUUCAGAAUUAUUCUAUAAUUGUUCAUCGCCGUGGUUUGGAUCGAAAUGUCAAUAUCGAUUUAUUUACAAUUCAUCUUGGUCAUUUAAUAAAAUAGUUGAAUCUUCUGCGAAAAAUCAAUUCUAUGGGAGGUCUGGUGUAACUGUUACCACAUGUUAUCCAUUUUUUGUUGGUUGUCGUCGUGGACCAUGGGAUUUAUGUCUCGACUGGCGACAAAUAUGUAAUGGCAUAGUUGAUUGUAAGAAUGGCGAAGACGAGCAAUGGUGUGAAACAUUAGAAAUAACAACUUGUGCUGAUGAUGAAUAUCGAUGUCAUUAUGGUGGUCAAUGUAUUCCACUGAUAUUUGCACGAGAUAAUUACUUAAUUCCGGACUGUCUCGAUGGUAGUGAAGACAAAGAACUGUACACCAACGCGUACUCAGCUUUUACACAUUCUUUUUGUGGCUCAAUUAGAACAUUUCAAUGUGAAGAACGUAUUAAUCGAUAUCCUCGUUCUUUCCCGUGUGGUGAUGGUAGUUUUUUGAUGGAGACUGGUUUGACAGAUACAUCAGUCCUUUGUUCCAAUCGAAGGGAUACACAAGUGUUUUUAACAAUGUGGACUUCAUUCGAUCACAUUAAAAAUAUUACAUGUCAACAAGCAUUUCGUUGUUCAACAAUUCUCAUUCUAGAUUAUUGUAAGUAAGAAUAAUUGUAUAUUAAUUUAAUUACUGAAAAAACUCAAGUGUUCUUUUUGUUGUUCAAAUAGUAGUAUACAAUGGCUGAAAUCUUGAAAUAUAAAUUAGAAUGUUUUAGUCUCCGACUUUCAAAAGGAAUUUUUCUAGCCUUUGAAAAUUCCGUACGAGCUUGAGAGUUUUUAAUGAUACCAUGUAAUGAUGUUGAAUUCAUAUCUAGACAUUAAACAUUGUUUGGCGGUCAGAUUCUCUCUAUAUUCGCUCUCUUCGUAAUGUCUCUCUUAUACAAUUAGCUGAAAUUGAACAGUUUUGAUCGACUUUAUUUUAACUUCUUAUUACAUUCCUUUUUUGUGUACUCAAAAAGUGAGUACACUCUAGAAUCGGUCAGUGUGUCCGGCCGUCCGUCCGUUUACACGAUAUCUUUCGAAAGGAGAGUCCGAUCGCGAUGAAAUUUUCUACAUAGUUCAGUCUUUACAAUAUCUCGGUCGAGUUCGAAGAUGAGAAGGAUCGGCCGAGCCGUUCCUGAGUUAUUGCAAAAAUACCCAUUUUUCCCUAUGGCUUCCUAUGGGAAAAUCGAUCCAUCGCCACUUUCGUAAAAGACUUUUCCUAUCAUUGUCAAUUAAAACCCCAACUAUUAUAUACCAUUCGAUAGAGAAUUUCAAGAGCUACAAAAUGAUAUAUAAAACAUUAAGAAAGAAGAAGAUUAACUCUCCUAUUGGUAAGAUAAAUAAGCGGGAAUCGGUUCGGUUUUUGUGCACGCUCCAAUCGAUCCCUGAUAGGAACUCUAUCUUUCGAUUAUAGAGGUGAUAAUUGAAGGUUUUCUAGUAUGGAGAACUCGAAUCUGUACUGCGCACUCGCCUCGAAGGCCCAUUGGUUGAGCAUUGACCAAUAGAAAUCAAGUUAUAGGGAAAACGACUUUCUGAGGCUAAUUUAAGCCGAAGAGUUCAAAUCCGAGCUGUAUACGCUUCCAAGUCCUAUUGAUUGAGCAGUAGCCAAUGGAAUUCAAGGGUUUAUAGAAAGGAUUUGCCAGGCAAAUUUUUAUAUCCAGACAUUCCAAGGUGACCGAUUUGUCUCAUUCACUUUUUGAAGUACACAUACUGUCGGAUAUAAAUCCGAGAUUUCCGCAUUUAUUUCAAUAAUAAAUUUAAAACAAAAUCAACAAUUUAUAUUCGAUUUCGAUUGAAUGCACACGAUGCUAUAAUCUGAAUUAAAAGAUAGAAUGAAAAAACUGGAAUAUUUAUCGAACUAGCCCUAUAAUAUAAUCAAAGAUACAGACAUUAUAAAAACUACAUAAUUUAUAAUUACUUUCAAUUGCCUUCGUACCGUCCAUAUAAUAUAAAAAACCAGAAAUAAAACUAAAACAAAAAAUUCGUUCUGGAUUAUAUAAAAACGACUUCGUAUCUGCAUAAAAAUUAUUGAAAUUUAUCUCACAUAUUGUCUAAUAAUCACAGAAAGUAAAACGGAAUAUUUUGAUACCAUCGAAUUCUGUAAGGACCAGCAGUUUUCUACUGUUGGACAUAAUCAGAUUCUAUAGGAUACUGACUAUUGAAUAUGAUUAGAUAGCCUAAGAACCCUAUUGAAUUUAAUGAGCUGAGUUAGACUUAAGUAGUUUACAGUUAUCAUAUUGAUUAAUAAUUGUCGCGAUUGUAAUGCUUUCAAUUAUGCACCACAUUGAAAUUCAUUGCUAAUAGAAGAAGCUAUAGAACAAUAGCGGUCUAUAGAAGCCUAUAUUCAUAUUUGCUAUGCAGUAGAUGGUUUUGAUUUGUUUAUAAGCUUAUCAACUUGUCUUAGCAGUUGAUAUUUAUAUAAAAGUCGAUCGAAAGGGAUCAUAUUUUUGCGCAUUUCUAACUACAGGAAAACUAUAUAAUAUGUAAAUCCAACUUCGAUUAUCUUGAAACGCUAUUGCAUUGGAUUGCAUUCUAGACUAAUGUUUUGAAAUACAUCCUUCUUACACA